AUGACUGCCCAAUUCAUUUCCUCAAAGGGUGGCCAUUACUCUGUCCUUACUUUGGUCUCACUAGAUGUUCUUAGCAUGAUUGCUGAGUGUAGUCGGCUGAGAAGCACAGAUUUUAUCCUCAAUCUUUUCAAGUGCGAGCAAGGUGUGAAAGGAUCCAAUUGGGAUCUAGCCCUGGAGAUACUGGGAUCCAUAGGUCUGGUCUUUUCGUGUCUGUUUGUCGCGGAAUUGAUUGCCUCUAUUUGGGCAUUUGGUUGGGAGUACUUCAACUCUUGGUUCCAUUGCUUCGAUGCUUUCAUCGUAGUUGCGGGCUUCGUCACAGAUGUCGCCCUGCGUGGCGUCCUAGAAGAAGUGGCUUCUUUGAUAGUGGUCAUGCGACUGUGGAGAGUUGUCAAGAUCAUUGAGGAGCUUGGUCUUGGUGCACAGGAGCAGACCGAAGAAUUGAGUGAAAGACUGAACGAAUGUAAGAAGGAGAAUGAGGUGUUGAAAAAACAACUUGAUGAGCUGCGAGGAGCGCAGUAA